AUGCAGUUGUUGUUUCUACUCACAUUGAUUUCAAUCGCAUGCGCAACGAAAUGCGCACAUAAAAGACCCGUUCUGAUGAUCCAUGGUAUAUUGUCGAGUCAGUUGAUGCUUGAGGCUGACGUUCCUGAGUCAUACACAUUGCCUGGUAACUGUCCACAUCAGUUGAAAGGACAAAUUUGGGUGAAUAAGAAGGACAUUUAUCCGUUUAAUGACACGCAGUGUUUUGUAGCUUAUAUGAACACUGAGUGGGAUGGCAAGAAGAUGGAGAAUGUACCUGGUGUCAAAAUAACAUAUCCCAAUUACCCUUCAACGGAAGGUAUUUCAUCUUUAGGUGUAGAAGAUCAAAGCGUUGCUUAUCGUGUUCUCAGACUCUUCUAUAAAAUGAUUCAAGGCCUUUCCACUGAUGGAUGGGUAGAUAACCAAGAUAUGUUUGCACCUGGCUAUGACUGGAGGUACGCAAACAGACAACGAGAUGACUGGAUUGCUAAAACAAAAGAAUUAGUUAAAUCAGCUGUUGAAAAGACCAAGUUGAAAGCCGUCCUUGUAACGCACUCAUAUGGUGGACCAAUGGCUAUGGAAUUCUUUGAUGCCGUUGGGAAGGAGUUCUGUGAUAAGUACAUUGACAAAAUCAUCACCGUCGCCUCGCCAUUUAUUGGAGCUACAAAAGCACUCCAAACAUUUUUGUCUGGUGAGACGUUUGGUCUUCCAAUGGAUCCAUCCACGUUGAGAAAGUUAGCCCGCUCUUGGGAAGGGUCUAUUCAAUUGAUGCCAAAUGCGAAGUAUUGGGAGAACGCUGUGAUUGCUGAAGUCGCUGGGAAGAAGUAUACUGCCCAACAAGUAGAAGAAGUAUUAGAAUUAGUACCUGAAGUGAAGGAAUAUAUUAAACCAAUGUAUGAAGAGUGUAUGGACAGAUAUCCAAUGGAUCAUGUCCCAAAUAAUGUUCCAAUUCACUGUUUGUAUUCGCAUGGAAUCGACACAGUGUACAGUCUUAAAUAUGAUGAUCUUACUAAAGACUUCCAAGACGGUAAUUUCACAUAUGGAGAUGGUGAUGGGACUGUUGAUAUACAAUCACUCUUGUGGUGCGCCCAACCCUCUUUUAAUGCCACUGUUGUUAAGGACAUGGGUAAAGUUGGCCACGCUGACUUGAUUAAAGACAAAUCGACUAUCACUUAUGUAAGACAACAAUCGUGCAGUGCUGUCGAGUCCGAUUUCGUCGAGUAA